CAGGAGAGGACAGAUAGCUGCAGCAACCACAAGAGAGCCAGUGUGAGCAGCAGGCAGGGGGAUUAUUAGGAAACAAAAGAGGAGAGGAGGAGGAGGAGGAGAGAGGCAAGGAAACAACUCACAGCCUGCAAUCAGCGCUCCUCUGCUCACACACAUCCACAUAGCUUUCUCUCUGUCUCUUCCCUGUCUUUUCUCCUCAGCCCUGCUUCAUCCUCCUAUCCUCCCCUGGCUCCCUCCCCUCUUCUCUGUGUCUCUCCAUCCCAGCCACCCUCUUUAUUAUUUUCUGACUGCCAUCUCGCCGCUUCCUCCCUCCUUUAUCUUUCUCUCAUUUCCCCCAAUCCUUCUCUAUCAUCCCCCUGUCUCCUUUUCCCUACUCGCUCUCCUUGCCACCCCCACCAUUCUGCACCCUCCCCCUCUUUUUUUUCUCUCUCUCUCCUUUCCCUCUCUCUCUUUUCUUUUUCUCUCUCUCUCUCUUCUUUCCCACUCUCUCUCUCCAUCCCUACCUCCCCCUCCUGGCUUCUCUUUUAUUUAUUUAUUUUAGGGCUGCUCUCCUCUGUCUCUGUUUUCCCGUCUCCCUUGUAUUGCUUGUGUCUGUGUUUUUUGGAGGUGCACCAGGGGGCUGCCCCCCUUAGCAGUGCUCGCAGUGCAGGUAGUGAGGUUACCCCCUCACUCUCCUCCUGCCUCUGCCUGUAUUGCCCCCCCCCUUUCUCCCCAAUUGUGUCCCCCCCCCCCCUUUCCCCGUACGUUCAGCCUGCUGCAGCCCACAAACAUGAUGGCGGCAGCUCCCAUUCAGCAAAACGGGACCCAUAGCGGGGUCCCCAUAGACCUAGACCCCCCAGAUUCUAGGAAGAGACCCCUGGAAGCACCGCCGGAGGCAGGCAGUACGAAGAGGACCAACACAGGAGAGGACGGACAAUUUUUCCUGAAAGUUCUUAUUCCUAGUUACGCCGCUGGAUCUAUCAUAGGAAAGGGAGGGCAAACCAUUGUCCAACUGCAAAAGGAGACAGGGGCUACCAUUAAACUGUCCAAAUCCAAAGAUUUUUACCCAGGUACCACAGAGCGUGUCUGUCUAAUCCAGGGCACAGUCGAAGCCCUCAAUGCAGUCCAUGGGUUCAUUGCAGAGAAAAUUCGUGAGAUGCCGCAGAAUGUGGCCAAGACCGAACCCGUCAGCAUCUUGCAACCACAAACCACGGUGAAUCCAGACCGAAUUAAACAAACAUUGUCAUCAUUACCACCAGCCACCAAGUCCUCCCCAUCUGACCCCAUGACCAUCUCCAGAGCCAGCCAGGUGAAGAUCAUCGUCCCCAACAGUACUGCAGGUCUGAUCAUUGGGAAGGGAGGUGCCACCGUGAAAGCAGUAAUGGAGCAGUCUGGUGCCUGGGUGCAGCUUUCUCAGAAGCCAGACGGCAUCAACCUGCAGGAACGUGUGGUAACAGUGAGUGGAGAGCCCGAGCAGAACCGUAAAGCCGUAGAGCUGAUUGUACAGAAGAUCCAGGAGGACCCACAGAGUGGUAGCUGCCUAAAUAUCAGCUAUGCCAAUGUCACAGGACCUGUAGCUAACUCGAAUCCCACAGGAUCACCCUACGCCAACACUGCUGAGGUCCUGCCUACCGCAGCUGCAGCAGCAGGGCUCCUCGGACAUGCCAACCUAGCCGGGGUGGCAGCCUUUCCAGCUGUGCUCUCUGGCUUCACUGGUAACGAUCUGGUCGCUAUCACAUCAGCCCUCAACACUCUAGCUAGUUAUGGCUACAACCUCAACACUCUGGGGCUGGGAUUGAGUCAAGCGGCAGCCACUGGAGCAUUGGCAGCCGCCGCUGCCAGUGCCAAUCCAGCUGCAGCCGCAGCCGCCAAUCUGCUGGCCACAUAUGCCAGUGAAGCAACUGGAGGGGGUGGUACAGCAGGGGGGGCAGCUGGAACGUUUGCACUGGGCAGUCUGGCAGCUGCCACUGCAGCAACCAAUGGAUAUUUCGGAGCUGCCUCCCCUCUAGCUGCUAGCGCUAUCCUGGGCACAGAAAAAUCAACGGACGGCUCCAAGGACGUGGUAGAAAUCGCUGUCCCGGAAAACCUUGUAGGUGCCAUCCUUGGCAAAGGCGGCAAGACAUUGGUGGAAUAUCAGGAGUUGACUGGAGCCAGGAUACAGAUUUCCAAAAAAGGGGAGUUUGUCCCCGGCACCAGAAACCGCAAGGUAACCAUAACAGGCACGCCAGCCGCCACACAAGCUGCGCAGUAUCUAAUCACGCAACGAGUCACUUACGAGCAAGGUGUCCGGGCAGCGAAUCCACAGAAAGUGGGUUAAAUGCCCUCAGUCCUUUUCCCCCCUCCCUGGAUGUUAACUUAAUUGUCCCCCCCUCUUCUUUUCAUGGAUGUACUGUAUUUUGCAGGAGCGAUUUAUAUUUUAUUUUUUAUUUGAAUUUAAUUUUAUUUUUAAUUUUUGUUUUUUUUUGUUAUUGGCAGGGGAAGUGCGCGUCGGGUUAUUAAUAUAUAAUUAUGCAAAUGAACGCAACAGUGUUGACAAAGCGCAUCUGUAAAUAAUACAUGUUCUGCGGAUGUUCCAGAGAGGGAAUUUUUUUAGUGGUUUUUUUUUAUUUUUUUAUUUUUUAAUUUGAAGGUUUUUUGACAGGUUCUCUCUCUCUCUCGUUAAGGUUUUAUUGUUUACGCGUCAAAAGUAAAACGUUUUUUGAAGCCUGCCAUUUUACCAGCAUCGUUGUAGUUGAAAAUGAACUGAAUGUAAACAUGAAAGGGCGCAUAGUUUUUUUUAACCCUGUGUUCACUGAAGAGUCCAGUAGUACAUUGCAGAGCCACGUGUUACUGUACCCCUCAGAGCCACAAGGCUUCAGUAUUAGUCCUAGGUGACGCUGUAACUGAACUACUGUUUUGCUGGAAAACAGCAGGGGGGAUUUGAGUGGGGGAGUUACCUAUAAAACAAAAGGGAGUAAAGAAUAUCAAAAGCACUGUCCAACUUCACUCAUACGUUUUGCCCUGGGAUGGCAGCGUAUGAGGGAAACAUGUUUUGGAAUAAAAAAAAAGAAAAAAAAAUAGUUUUAAAUUAAAACAAAAAAGAUACAUAUAUAUAUAUAUAUAUUAUCAAAAAGCAAUAUAGUUGCAAAAAAAGCACUGUAAAAUAUAUAUUAAAAAUGGUUAAAACUGUGGAAAAAAAAAAGAACCUUUUUGGUAAGUUUACAGAUCAGUGUCUUCAUAACAACCUGUACGAUGGUGAAUAUUUUUGGCUGGCCAGGUUACAUCUCUCUCAUUCACAACUCAUGGGUCCCAUCAGAUUAAAUCUUUUCUGACGGGCUAAGUUUGGUUUUGCAAGAGCUGUGUCUGUUUGCUUUCAUCAUUGGGUUUCCCUUCCACUCUAAAAUUAUUUUAAUCCCCAGUCUAUCACCCCGUCUUGCUUUAUUUUAUUAUUAUUUGUUUUUACCGUCUUAUGAAUCACCUGUGCAAUUUUUUUUCUUCACCCUGAUAGCAUUGUUUGCUACUCAUUAAAAGAACAUUGACGAUACAUUCUCAGUGAGAAUUCACAUUGGCGGCGCUAGCUAACCCAUUUACCGCCACUGUGUAGUGUUGAGGCAGCAAAAUGAUUCUUCAAAAGGCAUUCCUCUUACUUCAGUCUUUAUUCAAAGCAUCUAUGAUACUUCACAGUGAAGUUUGUUAUCAGGAUGAAGAAGUAAAAAAUAAAAAUAAAAAAUAUGAACACAAACCAAUAAAAAUAUAAGAAAAACACUUUCAAUUUACAUUUAUAUAGUUUUUAUUUGGGGUACACAAGACUGGGAUUUUUACUUGACCCUGCAGUGCCUGGCCAGCCAUGCACCAGUCAAUCCAUUAACAUCUUCCCCCUUUUAGAUAUAGUCUUGUGCUGUGUGUGUAUUGGAAAUUUUCUAAGCCAAAUCACGCACACACACACACACAAUAAAUUAAAGUGCCAACUGUUAGCUGAUGAGGUUUCAUUAUCUGCAACGACUUAGCGAGGGCGUUGCCUUUUAAAACGCUUCUGAUUGUGUAUAAUUUUAACACUAGCGAUCUCUUAGUGUUGUCAAUGUAGAAUUUACUGUGAACAGUAUCUGUGAUUUUUAGCUGUUUUUGAUCCCUCCGGGGCAAGGCUGAACCAGCCGCCGCAGGCUCCGAUAGUCGUUUACCUGCAUGUUCUUUUUCCGUGGGGCAUCUUUAUGUCGGCUUCAGUCAGUACUUCCCUGCAUGCUCGUUUAGCUGAGGUAGUGUUCAUUUCCGGCGUGUGUCUACUUGUCGCAGCGCAGGUUCCUCCAAGGGCCAUUGUUAUUAAUUUUAUUUUACUUUUAGAAGCCUUUUUGUUCUCCAAUUUGUCACCUCCUCCAUGUUUCCGAGUGCCAACUAGCCAGAUCAUUAUGUUAACCUCUGCAUUUGGGCCACCUCAAACCACUAAAAUUGUGGUCGUUCAUAAACCCAGCAUCUUCUCAUGCUAUGCAUGCAGUCGUAAAAAAAAAAAAAAAAAAAUUCCAUGGACAAGAAAGUAAUUUAAAAAAAAAAACAAACAAAAAAAAAACACAAAAAUAGCAAAUAAUAAUACUGAAAACAAAAAAACAAACAAAAAAAAAAACACAAACUAAAAUGCUGGCUACCUCUGGAUCAUCAGGCUGAAAAUUCCCCAAACGACAGUUUUCCUUCCAUCUCAACUUCAAUCCAUUGAUAACGUCCAUCAUAACCAACUCAGUGACAUUUUUUCGCUGCUUCUCCUGUGCAACUGAUAACUGAACAAUGAUUGUGAUGUCCUUUCGUCUGGCUUCUCGUCCAGCAUCUCUCUUUCUGAACUGUGAUUUAUUUUUAUUUUUUGUUUGUUUUAUUUUUAUUAUAUUUAUUUUAUGUUCAUUGAAUCUAAAAAUGAUCUUCAUUACCAUGUUAAUUUGGCAGUGUCAACCUUGUUCCCUACCUGAUGGACCUUGGGAACUUUGGAAUAACGAUUUACCACUCUGACUCCAACCUUUGUUUCCUUCUGUUCUGUUACUUGCUUUUUCCCCCUUCCUCUCCCAUUUACUCCUUUACAGUUUCUGUUCAUUGUUGAGUCCCUCCACUACCAGUGGAGUCUGCAACACAUUACCACCUGGUGUAUUGCAGACCCCCUUGAGCAGGAAGACCUACAACCAUUCCAGUCUAAUGAUCAAGUUGAUUUUUUUGUUUUGUUUUUCCUCCCAUUUUCACUUUCUCUUUAAUUACCGAAAAUCAUUUUCAAGAAGAGAAAACUGAUAUAUAUAUAAAAAAAAAAGGAAUGAUAUUGCUUGUUUUUAAAAUGGAAAGAGCAAAGCUGUCGUAAAACUGUGUUUUAAUUGGUAAUGGUUAUUUAUCGUUAUUAGUCUCUGUAGCUCUGUACGUUUUUAUGACAAAAAACAGUGUAACUAGUGGUUAGCCGAUGAUGCGAAUAUAUUUACUCAUAUCAUUAUAAAUGUGCUUUGUUCAUCAUGUACCA